UCCUUCUCCUCCUCUCCAAACAUCACAGGUAUCAUUUCUGCAGACCAGAGAAGAAUCUGACUGAUGAGUUAUUUCCUCUCCAGAACAUGUGGAUGAUGCGCUGAAGGAUCCACAGAGUGAGAGCGACUUCCAAACGUCCAUCUGCAGCAAUACUCCACGGGGAAUAAUGUGGAUUAUCGUGGCUGUUCUCCUGACGACGGUCGGUCCCGGCUGGAGCUGGGGAUGCCAGCUGCCGAGCGACUGGAGGCCCCAGACGGAGGCGUGCCGUGCCGAGCUGUCGGAGAUCAUCGUGUUCGCCAAGGUGCUGGCCCUGCACAAGGAGCCUUACAACUACCUGCCCUGGCAGCAGGACAUGGACCUGCUCUACUCGGCCGAGAUCGAGCUGCUGUGCGACCAGGCGUGGGGCAGCAUGCUGGAGGUGCCUGCGGGCUCCAGGGUGAACGUCACCGGCCUGGGCUACUUCCCGUGUUUCUCCUACAGCGUGACCCCCAACAACAACUACUACUUCUUUGUCAGGAUGGAUGAAAACUACAACAUCGUCCCCCACGGAGUGAACUUCCAAGACGCCAUCUUCCCAGACACGGCGGACAACCAUCGCACGUUCGCCAGCCUUUUCCAGUUUGCCAACUGCACGCCCGGGACUCAGGUCCACAGCUUCACCCCGGAGUGGGAGGCUCAGGAAGACAGCAGGCUGUUGUGCUCGGCGGUGCAGAAGGCUCUGUUCGAGGAGGAGGAGAAGGUGAGGACGCUCUCUCAGAACGUGCGCUACUUGGAGAAGGCCAACGGCCACCUGAGGGAGAAGGUGAAGACCAUGAAGCGUCUCCUGCGCCAGGCCCAGCGCGGCAUUGCCAAGGAGCAGCAAACGCUCAGCCUCAAGCAGCUUUAUGAGUCAAAGACAACCCGGAGCCACCCUCACCAGGAUACCACCCAGAACCAGAAGGACCCUGCCCUUAAGAGGGCGCUGGCAAGGAAGUCAAAGAAGUAGGAUGACCAUCAGUGUACACUAGCGAGACAUCAGCAGGCUUAACGUGGGUCUUAUAUUCGCAUCUUAUUAUGAUGAUUCCAUAAAGAUCAUUCUGCAGUACCGUAUUUUUCGAACUAUAAGGUGCACUUAAAAUCCUUUCAUUUUCUCAAAAAUGGACAGUGUGCCUUAUAACCCGGUGCGCCCAAUGUAGGUAUUAAUUCGGGUUGUGCUUACCGGCCUGGAAUCUAUUUAAUUUGGUGCAUUGUGUAAUGAUAAGUGGGACCAGUAGAUGGCAGUCACACAUAAGAGAUACGUGUGGACUGCAGGGUUACUGACGCCUGUUCAAUAAAUGACACGAGCAAGAACACAUAAGCAAGCAACACCAAAACAUUGAUGUUUCAUUGAGAAUAUAGAACAUUACAAAAAAACCUGUCAAAAUGUUUUAAUACGACUUUGGUAAGCUACGAAGUCGCACCGCUUGACGCAUUGUCGCAGCAUUACGGCUACCAUAGUCAGACGUACUGUGCUUCAACAUACGGGUAUUAUUAGGGUGCGUGUAUAAGGACCCCAAAAUGGCACCUAUUAGGAGACUUAAAGAUGGUCUGUAAAACAAUGUAUGCAACAUUUGGACCAAAGGACCACCAUUACAUAUUAUGUAGACCACAAGGAAGUAUUUUAAAUGUAGAAAAAACGAAUCAUAAUAUGACCCCUUAAAUACACCUUAUGUAUGAAAAUAGACCUGAAUAGACCUACUUAUAGACAGUGUGCCUUUUAAUCCGGUGCGCCUUAUGGUUCUAAAAAUAUGGUACUUGAUAAGGCUUCUCUUAUUUUAGCAUUGCAUGUAUAUUUAAUUAAACAUAUUGGGACAUUUGGAGUGAAAUCAGAAAUAUUCUUCAAAAAUCAUACACACCUCGGCAGACACAACACAUUGAUACAACGUUGAUUAUACAGUACAUACAAACAAUGUUGCAAAAUAGUUGUAUUUGUAAAUUAAGACAACGUUGUCGGUUGGGAAAUGACCAAAUUUCAAAGGUCAAAUCAACGUCUGAAAACCCAACGUUGAUUGUCAAAAAGCAUGUUGUUUCAACGUUGUAUUUGUGUUGUAGAAUAUUGGUAGAGAAAUAACCAAUUUUCAAUGGUCAAAUCAACGCCACAACCCAACAUUGAUUAAACGUUGUUAAAGAGCACGUUGUUUUAACGUUUUAUUUGUGUUGUAGAAUAUUGGUUGGGAAAUGACCAAAUUUAAUGGUCAAAUCAACGUCAGAACCCAACAUUGAUUAAACGUCGUCAAAAAGCAUGUUGUUUCAACGUUGUAUUUGCGUUGUAGAAUAUUGUUUGUGAAAUGACCAAAUUUCAAUGGUCAAAUCAACGUCACAACCUGACAUUGAUUUAACGUCGUCAAAAAGCAUGUUGUUUCAACGUUGUAUUUGUGUUGUAGAAUAUUGGUUGGGAAAUGACCAAAUUUCAAUGGUCAAAUCAACAUCACAACCUGACAUUGAAUAAACGUCAAAAAGUAUGUUGUUGCAAUUUUGUAUUUGUGUUGUAGAAUAUUGGUUGGGAAAUGACCAAAUUUCAAUGGUCAAAUCAACAUCAGAACCCAACACUGAUUAAACGUCGUCAAAAAGCAUGUUGUUUCAAUGUUGUAUUUGUGUUGUAAAAUAUUGGUUGUAAAAUGACCAAAUUUCAAUGGUCAAAUCAACGUCAGAACCUGACAUUGAUUAAACGUUGUCAAAAAGCAUGUUGUUUCAACGUUGUGUUUGUGUUGUAGAA